AUGUCAGAAUGUAGAAAUGUGAGGGUAACGCAAGAUAAGCAAACGGGCGUCAACUGUAAUGCGCGCCCUGAGUGCUCGCCAUCGCUGCCGCAGCUGUAUAGGGAGACGAGCGCGAGUGUUGUAGUGACGUCAGACUCACCAAGCUCCAUAACUGAAUAUGCGGACCAGCUGACCGCUAUUGAUAAGACUGGCUAUGCUGAUGUAACAGGACAAACUGAAUCAGAGCAGCCAAUCAUCUUAUGUGAAACUAUGAUAAAUGAAAAUAAUAAAAACGAAGGGUGGGAAACAAAGAUACAUGUGACAAAAAACCAACAGAUUAUCGUUAUGUGGAUAAAGCGGGUGUAG